GGUCGCGCAUGCGCAGUGACAUCAUAAGACUCAGCGCUAGCAGCAGAGCAGGAUGGAUUUGCUGGUUGUGAUGCUGCGUCUAAAGACUUGAUAGACAGCUACUUCUCCUCCUGAUUCAAGCUCGACAUGGGAAAAGGCUGUAAAGUUGUGGUGUGUGGCCAGGCAGCAGUUGGGAAAACUGCCAUCCUAGAGCACCUGCUGUAUGGAAAUCACUCUGUAGGCUCGGAGUCCAGUGAGACCCAGGAGGACGUGUACGUGGCCUCAGUGGAAACUGACCGUGGUGUGAAGGAACAGCUGAGGCUUUAUGACACCAAAGGCCUCCACGAUGGACAAGACCUCCCCAAACACUACUACUCAGUGGCAGACGGCUUCGUGCUCGUCUACAGCGUCGACAGCGUGGAGUCUUUCAAGAAGGUGGACGUUCUGAAGAAGGAAAUAGACAAGUCCAGAGAUAAGAAAGAGGUGACGGUCAUAGUGCUGGGGAAUAAGACGGACCUGCGGGAGCGUCGUCAGGUGGACCAGGAGGUGGCGCAGCAGUGGGCGCGAGGCGAGAAGGUGAAGCUGUGGGAGGUGAGCGUCACCGAACGCAACUCCCUCAUUGAACCCUUCACGCAGUUGACCAGCCGCCUCACACAACCUCAGAGCAAGUCGACCUUCCCUCUGCCGGGACGCAAGAGCAAAGGCACUCCGUCCAACGACAUCUGAAACUCCGAGGAUCCCCUCGCUCCUCUCUGCUCCUUUCAGUAGGCUGCGUUCACCUCAGAUGGGAAUAACGAGACAUGGACAGAUCAUUAGUUUAGCGACAUGAUUUGGUUGCUUCUGUGUAAAUUUGACCAUUUUACACACAUUCAUUCAAUUAUAAACAGUGUUAACAUCAUUUUCAGGGGACACGUUCAACAUGUUGGGAAAUAUUUUCUUUCUUUCUGAGAGUUAAAUGAGAAGAUCGAUAUCAAACUCAAGUCUGUAUGGUACGUAUCUUCUCAUCUCUCUUACAGAGAGAAAGCAAAUUUCUCAACGUGUUUACUAAUCCAAUGAGGAUACAUGUUGUAUUUCAUCUGUCACAAGUAACACCUCUUUUUUUGUACAGUGUGCUCAACACUUUAGUGUGUAGCCAAUCAGUUUUUCUUUAAAAACUUAGCACUUUAGUACCAAAGAUUUAACUCAACCCAAACACAGAUCUUGUGGAUUUACACUUAACACAGUACGUUAUGUUCCUUUUCAACUGAAAUGUGCAUACCGUUCCAAGUUAAAGGAAUACUUCACCACCAAAAUGAUCAUUUGUAUAUCAGUUACUCACCGUGUGUUACCUUGAAAACUUUGUUUUCCUCUCAUGCCUCCACGGUGAAUAGAGAAUCCUAAAACAGAGAAAAUUCUUGAUGAAAUGAAGUAAAUGGAGGCCGCGUUUAACAACAGCAAAAGUAUAUCAAAACAUCUGUUUAACUCUCACACAGCUCCUGCAGUAUAAUCCAAUCCCAAACACAUGCAUGUUCUCUAAAACCUGAAUAUUUAAAAACGCUUCUGCAUAAACAGUCUCACGUUUGCGAAGACGCGAUACUCGUCCGUGCGAGUACUGUUUAUGCUGAAGUGUUUAAGUUAUUAAAGGGGCUCUUAGGUAAGAAUCAGAAAUGGCUUGUUAACAGUUACACCUGUGGCCGCUAAGUCAAGGACAGUCAGCAUCCUGUUGCUCAUGCUAGCUCUACGUAGACGCAAGCAAGCAUCGGUCAAAACAGUGAGGCGACACAAACGAGACUGAAGGUGAUUGACAGCUAAAACCACAAUAUCACUGUAUAUGUCACAUGCUUGUAGCAGUAGUGCUAGCUUACCUGUCCAAUAGGAAUCUUUCAAGCUCGGGGUCUGUUUUGAUACCCAAAACCAAAUGAAGGUCGCUCCAUGAAUCGAAGGCCCGGCCGAUGUUGAUCCUAGUUUCCCCCCCAACGUCGGUCACAUUCCUGUUUAGCAAGACUGGCUUGGAUUUUCCCGGAAAAAACGGCUCGCAUUCUGCACACUAAAAGCAAUCUACAGGCUGAUAGAGGAAACCCAGAGAGUCGCGGAAGGUCUCAUUUUUUAGGUUAGGUUACAACCUGUUCACACAUUGGCAAUAAAAAACAUUU